UCCUGUCCCUACAACUCCUGUUCCUACAACUCCUAUUCCAAGUAAUUGUAAGGAUGAUUAUGAGUUCAUGUGUGCCAAUGGGGAGUGCAUAGAUGUAAGAAGGAAAUGUGAUAGGUAUACUGAUUGUUCAGAUGGAUCUGAUGAAACACCAGCUACAUGCCCACCUCGUAAAUGUACUGUUUAUGAGUUCGCAUGUGACGAUGGAUAUUGUAUUGAUAAUAGACGAGUAUGUGAUCAGUAUAAUGAUUGCACAGAUGGCUCAGAUGAAACUGAAGCUGCUUGUUCCCCUGUUACAACUUCUGUCCCUACAACUCCUGCCUCUACAACUCCUGUCGUUACAACUCCUAUUGUUACAACUCCUGUCCCUACAACUCCUGUUGUUACAACUUCUGUCGGUACAACUCCUGUUGGUACAACUCGUGUUGUUACAAAUCCUGUCCCUACAACUCGUGUCGUUACAACUUCUGUCCCUACAACUCCU